GCAGGACUGCGCCCACCCCUUGUGUAAGCAAUUUAAACCCGAUAGGAGAUCAUCAGCUAUCUGCAGCCACUUCAGACUGAGGAAGAGCAUGAGGCUGUGUCUGCAGCGCUACACAUCAUCACACUCCACGAUGCUUUGACGCUCAUCUCACUUGCGUCGCGUCACUCCAGAGAUUUUUGAUCUGGGAGAGUAAAUAACCGCCUCGGCACUCGAUGCACUCUGUUUCAUUUAUUUGUUGUUAAACCAAAGACAAGUGCCUGAACGAAUGAGUGUAUCAAAACAAAUUUUGUAAUAUGAACUUUUUGCCAAGUGGAAUAUGUUUUUAUCUGUCCGUGGCAAUUUGCUGGUUCACAUCAAGGGUCGACGCAUCGUGGUGGUACAUGGGCACUCUUGGAUCGCAAGUGAUGUGCGACAACAUCCCGGGCUUAAUUAACAAACAACGCCAGUUGUGUCGCCAGCAUCCCAAGGUGAUGCAGGCUAUUGGAGCUGGAAUUAAAAACUGGAUCGGAGAAUGUCAGCACCAGUUCAGAAACCACCGAUGGAACUGCAAUACCAUGGCGCGCGAGCACAAUCUUUUUGGAAGGCUUUUGCAUCGAAGCAGUCGCGAGGCCGCUUUUGUCUAUGCCAUCUCCUCAGCAGGUAUGGCCUACACUUUGACCAGGGCAUGCAGUCAGGGUGAGCUAGAAAACUGCUCUUGCGACCCUGGAAAAAAGGGCUCAUCUAGCGAUGCCAAGGGAGAUUUCGACUGGGGUGGGUGCAGCGAUCAUGUAGACCAUGCAAUCAAGUUCACUCAGGUCUUCAUUGACGCCAAGGAGAGGAAGGAGAGAGAUGCACGGGCGCUCAUGAACUUGCACAACAACCGUGCAGGGAGGAAGGCGGUGAAGCGCUUCAUGAACCUUGAGUGUAAGUGUCAUGGUGUCAGUGGCUCAUGCAAUGUACGUACCUGCUGGUUAGCCAUGGCAGACUUCAGGCAGACCGGUGACUAUCUCCGCAAAAAGUACAACAGUGCCAUUCAGGUGGUGAUGAACCAGUAUGGAACCGGCUUCACUGGUGCCUACAGGAUGUUUAAGAGGCCUACCAAAAAUGAUCUUGUCUACUUUGAAGACUCACCUGACUACUGUAUAUGGGACCAUGAGUCUGGUUCUGUGGGCACAGGUGGGCGAGUGUGCAACCGUACGUCCAGUGGGGCUGACAGCUGUGAGGUCAUGUGUUGUGGGCGGGGCUAUGACACGUCACGGGUGAGCCGCACCACCAAGUGUGAAUGCAAGUUCCACUGGUGUUGUGCUGUUCACUGCAGGGACUGCCAAGAGGAUGUAGAUGUGCACACCUGCAAAACCCAGUCAUGACCCCACCACUCCUGCACUUCAGUUACCCUCCUGAGUAGAGAUCCCAUCUCAAACCUUUGACAUUGUACAGUGCUUUUCUGUUGCAAAUGAGAUCAAACACAAAGGACCAACAACUUGUAUCACAACUUUUUCAAGUCUUGAGUAGUUUAACCAUCUUUACUUACUGUUACCCCCCCCCCAUCAUAACACACAUAUUUAUUACAGCUUUGGAACAUAAGAAUGUUUAACUUUAAUGUAUUUCAUAUUUUGAACUGUAAAUACAAACUCUAUAUAAUUUAAAA